AUGUCAAACAGGAGCUUUAACAGAGAAGUGAAGACACUUGGAACAAUCAGACACAGACAUUUGGUUAAGCUAAUGGGGUACUGCAGCAGCAAAGCACAAGGUUUGAAUAUGUUGAUUUAUGAGUACAUGGAGAACGGAAGUGUAUGGGAUUGGCUUCACUCUAAGAAGAAAGAGGUUCUCGAUUUGGAAACAAGAUUGAAAAUAGCAGUUGGGUUGGCUCAAGGAGUAGAGUAUCUUCAUUUUGAUUGUGUUCCUCCUAUUGUUCACCGUGAUAUCAAGUCCAGUAAUGUGCUUCUUGACUCCAACAUGGAAGCACAUUUAGGAGAUUUUGGACUGGCCAAGAUCCUAACUGAGAGUAUUGACACCAACACAGAAUCAAAUUCUUUGUUUGAAGGCUCUUAUGGCUACAUUGCACCAGAGUAUGCUUACUCGUUGAAGGCGACUGAGAAGAGCGAUGUUUACAGUAUGGGGAUAGUGUUGAUGGAGAUUGUGACUGGUAAAAAGCCAACAGAGGGAGUGUUUGGUGAAGAGACGGAUAUGGUUAGAUGGGUAGAUACAGUUCUUGGUUCUGCAGCGAGAGAGAAGCUAAUUGAUUCAGAGCUUAAACCGCUUUUGCCUUGUGAAGAAGAAGCAACUUAUCAGGUUCUUGAAAUAGCAAUUCAGUGCACUAAGACUUAUCCUCAGGAGAGACCAUCUUCAAGACAAGCUUGUGACUGUCUUCUCAGUGUCUUCAACAAUAGAGGUGCCAGUUAUAGAGAGAUGCAAAGUGGUUCCGACAUAUGAUUUGCGUAGACAUAGUCGUUUUGCGUUGAACAAUUAAAUUGAUCAUGUACUAAGUUAUAUCGUUCAAAUGGUAUGAAAU